AUGACUCAUAAAGCACCAAAAAGUUUUGUUAUCAAUGUUUACCGGGGAUUUUCCAAUAUUCAGUGUUACUAUGGUUAUGCAGAUGUUGUACUUGCAAUAGGUUUUAAGAAAAUAAAAGUUGGGUCAUUGGAAUCAGUGGAAAAUAUUGAUGGUCGAAGAGAUGCGCUCGAAUGGCAUGUUGAUGUCAUUUCUAGCACUCGUGGUUUAGCGCUUGUACCUCUAAUGGCGCAAAUGUUUGCUAAUGUUGGCCGAGAACAUAUGAACAAAUGUG